AUGCAAUGUACACUGUCUCUGCUAUCGAUCGAACUGUCCGGGCUGUCCCCAGAGCGAGUUGCGAGAGCUGCUUCGAAAGCUUUGCGAGAUUCGAGCGCACGCUCGCUUCGUCCACCUGCACCCGUUCGCUCCGGUCCUUGCUGCAGGAGCUCCUUGUCAGCUCAAGCAACCACGACGUUCCUCUUUCUCGCCGUCCAGCGCAAAGGACCCGCCGUCACCCGCUCUUUCGUCCGCCCCUUCUCCUCCUCACUCGGUCCGCAAGCAUCCCGUCGUCGCUUAGCAGCAAUGGCUCCCAAGAAGGCUGUCGUCGAGAAGAAGGCCUUGCUCGGCAGGCCCAGUAACAACCUGGCUGUCGGCGUCGUUGGCAUGCCCAAUGUCGGCAAGAGUUCGCUCUUCAACAUCAUGUCCCGAUGCGACCUCGGAAAGGUUGCCAACUUCCCCUACGCCACCAUUGAGCCUGAAGAGGCUCGUGUUUCGGUUCCCGACGAGCGCUUCGACUGGCUGUGCGAGCUGUACAAGCCUGCGUCCAAGGUCCCCGCUUUCCUCACCUGUGUCGACAUCGCCGGUCUCACCAAGGGCGCGUCGACCGGUGCUGGUCUCGGAAACAACUUCUUGGCGAACGUCCGGGCGGUUGACGGUAUCUUCCAGGUUGUCCGUGCAUUUGACGACGCCGACGUUAUCCACGUUGAGGGAGACGUCGACCCCAUCCGUGACAUGGAGAUCAUUUCGCAGGAGCUCAGGCUCAAGGACGCCGAGUGGGUCGAGAAGAAGCAGGACGCGCUGAAAAAGUCGCUCCGCGGCGCGACUGGUACGGCCAACCUCCGCGACAAGGCGAUGAAGGAGGAGCUUGACACCGUCACCAAGGUUCUCGAGCUGUUGCAGUCUGGCCGCGACGUCCGCAAGGGCACCUGGUCGAACAAGGAGAUUGACGUCAUCAACGACCUCCUGCUCCUCACCGCCAAGCCCGUUACCUACCUCGUCAACCUCUCCGAGCGCGACUACAUCCGCAAGAAGAACAAGUGGCUCCCGAAGAUCAAGGCCUGGAUCGACGAGAACGCGCCCGGCGACAUCCUCAUCCCCUUCUCGGUCGCCCUCGAGGAGCGCCUCGCGAUCGAGUUUGCCGACGACGAGGCGGGCCUCAAGGCGGAGCUCGAGAAGCUCGGCACGCAGAGCCAGAUCGGCAAGAUCAUGAAGACCGGGUACCAGAGUCUGUCGCUCAUCCACUACUUCACCUGCGGUCCCGACGAGGUUCGCGCGUGGACGAUCCGCAAGGACACGCCUGCGCCGAAGGCCGCUGGUGUCAUUCACACCGACUUCGAGAAGACAUUCGUUUGCGGUGAGAUUAUGAACUACAACGACCUCAAGGAGCUUGGAUCAGAGUCGGCAGUCAAGGCGGCCGGCAAGCAGCAGCAGAAGGGCAAAGGAUACGAAAUCUGCGACGGUGACAUAUGUUACUGGAAAUGUGGCGCGUAA